GAUAAGCUGGGGUGGGAGAACCGUUCAGUGUGUCGUGAUCAACGUGGGGGUGUCACCUGUCGCAGCGUCAAGGAUUAGCGCCAGCACAGAACGAUCGUACUGAGAGGUGUGUACAAUGAAAAUUCAGAACAUUCGCUGUGUAGAAUGCAACAAGACACAAUACGAGUAUGCAGGCGAGUCUGAAAACAGUGCAGGAAUUAAGCGUCACCAGCACACUCUUCCAUCACCAAACAAGCUGUAAUCUUCAAUCCAGGUUACAGCAGAGCCUUCACGCUACCGACGAACUGACAUGAUGACGUGGUGCGUGAUUACGAUACUGGUGGUGGCGGUGACGGCAGGCGGGGUGACGCAAGCCGCCAGCAUGGAAGACACGGUAAAAGACUUGUAUGAGGCGCCGCCGGUGGGUGAACAAGGACGGUUAUUCUUAAACUAUGAUCAAGCGGCGGCCUUCAACACUUCCGUUGCCUUCACCAUCCCCUUAUUCUCCUUCACACUGCCCGGCGCUAGUGACACUAGCGCAGCCGGCUUGGAUGCCCAGUCCUUUGGCGCCGUGGCCUUCAUAGCGCUCUUCCUGCUGGGAGGUUUGGCAGUGGCCAUCUACACCACCUCUCAGGGCGCCGUCGGUGGAGGGAGGCAUUACGCGGAUGAAAAAGCACAUGAGGAGUCACUGCUGACCAGGCUGGUGACGGACUCCCUGUCUGGUCUCCCCAAUGUCGUGGACAUUGGCAGCUGUGCGAGGCUAGCAGUGUGUGGGGCCCACGCCGAACCUCAAAGAUACGGCCUUUUCGCCCUGCCCAUCAGAUUCCUCAUGCCGUCCAUCCCCGACGUGGCUGAGGCGGAGCUCACCGAUUACCAGAGGGCUGCCCGCUACGGCGACGAGGGAGAGAGAGACUGUCAGUACGAGUUUCCGUGUCUAGUCCAGCCCCUCGACCUACUACUGUACAUGUACGAGUACUGGUUCGGGGACGAUUAUGUGUAAUUCUCAAGCAGGACUACAGGACAUCGAGGGAGGACGGAUGGAGCACCGCAUCUCACGAGACUCACAGUGCCCAUCUUGUGACCAGCAGUGACUAUAUCCUUGCACUGUCACCUUUAUUCUCUCGUUGAACAGUGUGAAUAUUACUUACGUCGACCCACUUUCAUGAAGCCACAUAACGGCUUGGUUAGCAUUUCUUUCGUUUUGUAAACGGUGUCGGCGUCUUUAGCUCAGUGGAAGAGCGACGGCGUUAAGUGACGGUGCUGAGACACGGACCAUGAACUGCUGCGGCUCCUGACAGACACCAGAAAAUAGAGUGAACAUUGACAUUUCCCAGAGACAACUGACAAACCAAAAAUAGGCAUAAGCUGAUAUGAACUGAUAUGAACCUUUGGCUACAACCUAAUAACCUUUCUGAAAACAACUUCGGCAGAUGAGCUUAGCACUUGUGACACAUCUGAGUCGAGUCCCUUAAUCUGAAAAAAGGAGGCAGGCGAGGCGUCGACAACAUCAAGACCGUGACACUCGCCAACCAGUGUGUGACCCGCGCCCCAUCAAAACAACGAUCUCCAACUAACUCCAGCUGAUGGUCGCUGUUAUCAUUUUCCAUUACUUUUUAUUCAUUACAAAAUUUCCGCAGAAAAGGAAGACAAAGAUGAAUGAAGUAAUGUAUAUCUCUGGUACACAUCCACAACAUACGGUAAAAUCAAGGGAACAGCAUUGUAUUUAAUGGUUUGUUAUUGCAUUCUGAAAUUUGUAACAUCCAAGUCAAUGAGAGGCUCCCCUGCCCCCCAAAACUAUUGUAUUAUGUAUAUGUUCUACCUCUUACGAGAGGGUAUCAGCUUACCUCACCAGCUUACCUCACUCAUCUUUAUCGUCUUGCUAAUCCACGCUUUUCCUGGCACCAAUGUUGUCUGUACAUAUGCCGCUUUGUCAUGCGUUUAGGUAUGCAAGUUAUUUGAACUCCUGUCCCUUCUCAUUCCUUGUUAUGUUGAUGUGUGUGUGUGUGUGUGUGUGUGUGUGUGUGUGUGUGUGUGUGUGUGUGUGUGUGUGUGUGUGUGUGUGUGUGUGUGUAACUUAUAGUUUGCAUGUAAAGUUAAUUAGUAUCUUUAUUGAAAUUAUUUGCACUAAUAUUAGAGAACAAUUUCUUGGGGAGGAGAUCGGGAACACGAGCCCUGCAGGAGACUGACUAGAGUGACCCUGCAUGGCCCACUGCGUCCCGGAAGUUGGUGCUAACUCAUACAUCUUAACUCUGAAUGAAUGCUGACGAAAGAAAAGACUAAUAGACUUUCUUCAGACAGGACAGAGAAUCUCAGCCAAUAUUUAAGUGUCUGUCACUACCAUGAUUUCAAUGAGAGGUCGCACAGCAGAAUUAUAGGAGCGGUUUAAAGUUACCUCUUGGAAGCAUUAGAUAGUUGAAUUUCCUUCAUGAUAGACAUUUACAGUUUGUUUCACGUUGCUAAACUAAAAAGAUACGAGAACAUUCCCAUUUUUUUUUUCUUCUCUCGGUAAAUUUGAGUAUGAAAGAAAUCAUUAAUUUGAGCCAAUCAACAUAAAACAUUCUAAUACGUACACGUAAAGCAUGCCCUCCUCAGCUAACACAAUUUUCUCGGAGAAAUGUCAGGCGGCUUAUUGCGCUUGUGAGGUUCCAGAAAUAGGGCGACUCCUAUAAUGAGGCAGCGAACGAGUACCAAACGAUAUCUUGCCAUUUUCGUAGAAAUUAAUGUAGAUAUUUUGUAGCGAACCUAAAUGUGUGUGUGUGUGUGUGUGUGUGUGUGUGUGUGUGUGUGUGUGUGUGUGUGUGUGUGUGUGUGUGUGUGUGUGUGUGUGUGUGUGUGUGUGUGUGUGUUUCGGUGUUUUGAGCGUCUUCAGCAAAAAAAAGCAUCUUAUAAAAUUUCAGUCUACUUAAUGUGUCUAAAGUCAUGGGCAUUAUUUUUCCAUCGUAUGACGUAAUCCUCCUCGAACUCUAAGCCUUCCAGCAGAACCUUCCCCGCAGCGUCCUGUGUACGCCCUCACGCUCCCUAGACGUGAUCACCCUCACAUCGAUCCUUGCUUCAAAUUGUGUUUCAAAUUUCAGGCAUUAAUAACUAUUAACCUAUUAAGAAUCUGGAAACAUUAUAAUUUGAUUCAUGUCAAUAAUAUGGCAAAUUCCAGCGCCCAAGACUUGUUAAAUAGACAUUUCAUUUUUUUUCCGCAUUCGUCAUUUUCAUCGCCCAAUAUAUCGUAGCAGUUUAUGGCCAGUUUCAGUGAUUGAAUUCCCAUGUAUUACUUAUAUUUGUCACAUAUCUGUAUUGUUACUGUUUAGAAAUAGUUUUUUUUACGCAUUGCAGUCAUAUCUUAAUCCAAUCAAUUAAUUCAGCUUCAUUGUUUUCUCCUACUCAUUGUUGAGCCUUUCUGGAAUGCUAUCGGGGUGGCUGACCACAUUCAUACAUGUCAGGCAUUGAGUGCACACACAUGUACGUGCACAGCACCUUUUGAGUGUCUGUUAUCCUCCCUGAUAACGCUCCUGCUUGUUGUCUGCAUUUCACCCUCUCCUCCCUUCCUGAUGGUGAUCUAUGAUCCCCAUUCCCCAUCCUUCGUCAGUCUGGACAGAACAGAUCUUCUCACCGCAUUUAUACACUAAACUUUGUCGUGUCCUGACAACUAAUGCACUGUUUUCGUGGGAUGACUUUCGAACAACUAUGUAUUAAUUCAUUUCGGGUAUUUUUUUCAUAAGUCUUUUAACUUAUUUAUUUAUGUGUGUGUGUGUGUGUGUGUGUGUGUGUGUGUGUGUGUGUGUGUGUGUGUGUGUGUGUGUGUGUGUGUGUGUGUGUGUGCAGAAAGAGGACAGUGGCAAUCGCUUUCUGAGUUUCCUUUGUGAUCUGUGUAUCGAAUUAUGAGCAUUACCACUGGGCAUAAUCUUUUAAACUGUAGGAUACUCGAGGCUACAAACAAUGUAAAAGUGUUGCCGCGCAGCAACCACACGCGCUGCAAAGAACCAGCCGCGAGCGAUAGGGCCUUCCCGGCAAUAUCCACAGUACAUAUGUACACUGUACACUUCUCCGUUCCGGUGAGCAGAGCGCCACGCGUCGCAGAAGCCUUUCGGAAGUCUCACACCGUGGGAUUCGACGGCUGCCCAUGGAGUGACCUUCGCCCGCGGCAUUCUCAUAACAAUAAAAUUGUUUCCGGCGGCAAA